CCAAGACUCACGCGCGCACACAGACAGAAUGACGGACGUGCCGGAGCCCGUGCGCAAGUGCGCCAAUCUGUUGAAGGGCACCCGCAGCGACACCGAAAAGUUUGCUGCCCUCUUCAUGGUCACGAAGCUGAUGAAGGGCAAGGACUGCAAUACGGCUGGCAAGCAGCUGCUGUUCGAGGCCAUCGGCUUCCCCUUCCUGCGCAAGCUGCUCGUGUCCAAGGAUCUGCCCAGCGACUGCCCGCCGCUGGUGUACAAGAGCGUCGCCCUGUCCAUACUGACGGGCUUCUGCCAGGAGGAGGAGCUGGCCACGCACAAGGACAUCAUCGACGCCAUACCCACGCUCCUCGAAAUCGUGGAGCAGGCCGAUGACGAGGACUACGAGGACAAUCUGAUUGUCGUCAGCGAGGCGUACAGCUGCCUCAAGAGCAUCGCCAGCUACGAGCCGGGCCAGCAGGCUCUCCUGGCCACGGGCGCCAUACCCAAGAUGUCGCAGAUUUACUCGGCGCAGAGCUUCCAGACCGACGAGGCGCUGCAUCUGAUCGUGCUGCUGGUGAAGCAGUUCGGCGUGGCCUCCUGGCCGGAGGAUCCCACGGCAUUCCAUGCACUCAUCCAGCGCAUCGCGCUCGACAUGGAGACGGACCACACCGAGCGCAAGUACGAGCUGUGCCGCAUAUUGGCUGACAUCCUGAUCACCUGCCGGCGCGAGAUCGUGCUGAACUCCCUGGAGGGCCAGAUCUGGCCGGAGAGCCUGUUUAAGGGCUGCGGCGACAUACUGAAGGCCAAGAUUGGGCCCAAGCAGAGAGAUCCGGCCCUGCACCUGAUAGCCACCACGCUGCAGGUGCUCGGCAUGCAGUGGGCCUUCAUGGACGACCAGAAGCAGUUCUUCCUGAUGCUGCUGCAGCUGGCGGCCAUUGAGGUGCGCAUGCAGAUGGACGAGAAGAAGCUGGAGACGACCUUCAAGCAGGCGGAGCUGCUCACCUGCUGCUUCACCAUACUGGAGCAGUGCAUCGAGUACAUGGCCAGCGAUCAGCUGGACCUGGAGCCCAAGGAGAAGCAGACCACCUACACGGCGCUGAAGGGCGCCUUCAACCAGGUGAUGGCCGUGCUGACGCGCGUCAGCCAGGACAAGAUCAAGGACAGCGCCAAUCCGCGCGACAAGGCCUUCAUCGUGGCCACGGUCCGCAUACUGUCCGCCUGGCUGGCGCAGGAGACGACCGCCAUGCGCCCGGCCAUCUACAAGCUGCUGCCCUUCAUGCUCAAGAUCGGCAACGAGAGCUUCCAUGAGCUGAAGGCCUGGCGCGCCGGACCCCGCGAGGGCAGCCCGCCCGUCGACAUUCUGCGCGUCAUGAUGCCCGCCUUGUGCCACUUCGCCGUCGAGGAUGAGGCGAGGCGCGUGCUGUUCACGCACAAGCAGGACGAGGUGCUGCUGGAGGCCCUCGAGCUGUACUUCAGCAUUGCCCACUGGAAGCGGCCGCCCAUACCGCGAGCGGAGCGACUGAAGCGCAUGAACGAGCCGGACCCGGUGCCCACGCCGGAGCAGCAGGCGCAGAUGAAGGAGGCGCGCAGCGCCAUUGUGUCCCUCUGCAACAUCCUGAUGAACUUCACGGUGCUGGAGCCGAAGCGGGCCGAGGAUGCGCCCACCUUUGCCAAUCUGCUCAAGUUCGUGGUGGAGAACCUGCCCGAGCUGAAGGACACGCCCGAUAAUCUGGUCAUCCAUGGCAACCUGGCCGUGCUGGGUCUGCUGCUGCUCAAGCAGCAGUCCAAGAAGGUGAAGCAGAACGAUUUCUCGAUAUGUCGCUACAUCCAGGCCACCAUACGCUUCCUCUGGGAUGCCUACAACAUCGACGAGAGCAACGACCCGACAGCGCUCGUCGUGUCCAUUGCCUACAAGGGCGUCUGGUCGGACGUCUCCGAGCUCUGGUUCCUCGGCAUGCAGACCAUGUGCGGCGUGCUGCCCCUGGUGCCCUGGAUCUCCGAGUUCGCGCUCGAGUCCGGCUGGGCCGAGGGCAUCGUGAAGACGCUAAAGAAGGUGAAGAUCGGCACGCUGCCCGCCAAUGUGAAGUCCGCCUACGAGGACUUCCUCUCCCAGCUGGUGGACGUCAAUGCCGACGUUGUGGCCGUCCUCAAGAAGGCCGACGCGCUGCGCGUGUGCCGCAACCACAGAAUGAUGGAUCUGGGCAAGAAACUCUUCGGCGAUUAGAUGCGAGGAUCUAUAGAGUUACUUUAGGAAACGUUUCCUUGACUAUUUUUGUAUGGGCUUUGUUUUUUUUUAUAUAUAUCUUUUAUUAUUCGGUGUAUUCUCUCAUUUUCUCAAUCUCUCUUUAUACGUGGGCAUUUGUGUGUGUGUGUGUGCGUGUGUUGAAACGUGACGUCACGCUUUCAUUUUGAU